GAGUGUCGUCAGGAAAAGUCCAAGUGCUUUCUAAACAGGUGCCGCUGUCGACCUGGGUUGUUCUUCUCAACACGUGACUACACGUGCUCUGAGAACAUUCAGUACGACCGACCGUCUAGGCGGUGGUGUUGGGAAUGCACUAAGACAGUUCACUCCGCCAGUAACUGACCGAUGACAUUGGUCUCUUGUAGCAUGCAGACCACGUGACCUAAAAGACACCUUUAUGGAGUAUUCUGAAAGCGGAAUAAAAGGACAUAUUCUCGCCAUUCAAGAUGGAACAAACCUGAAAAAUUGCAAGAACCUGUGUGUCAGUACUGAUCAUUGCUUAACCUUUGACUUUAGAGACACAGGAGGGCGCUGUGUGCUUCAUGACGUGACGUCACGUGAGGCUGUGUCAGGAUGGUUUCCUCUGACUAGUACAGGGUGGACUCACUACCAGAGAACUUGCCUGAAGUCAGCCGCCUCCUACCCGGGUCCAGCCUGGGACAACUCGUCUUGUACCCAAGACACGGACUGUCCUGACCCAUUCAGCCUCUGUUCGUCGGGCAGGUGUCUGUGUGCACUGGGCGCCAUUUCUUCUGAACAGGAAGUCACGUGUCGUGCUGCAGAGUCGUGCGGCGAAUGGCAGAAAGCAGGAGCCAAGUCUGGUGCGCACUUCAUUCGACUGAAAGACAAGAAGGAGACGAGUAGAGUGUGGUGUGACAUGGACUCCAGUGGCGGAGGUUGGCUGGUGUUCCAGAGACGUCGUGACGGGUCAGUGGACUUCUACAGGAACUGGACUCAGUAUGAAGACGGCUUUGGUGACGUCACAGGGGAGUUCUGGCUGGGUUUAUCAAGGCUUCACACCCUGACCAAAGGGAGACCCACCCGACUGCGUGUAGACCUUGGAGAGAAGAACGGACAUCUUCACUACGCUGAGUACUCGACAUUCAGGGUGGACGGUCCUGAGACAAACUACACACUGACCGUGUCCGGCUACUCGGGUAGCGCGGGGGACAGCUUAGAGUUUCACAACAGCCAGAGUUUUUCAACCUAUGACCGAGACAGCGACAAGCGCUCUACUGUCAACUGUGCCGCUAAAUAUCACGGCGCCUGGUGGUUCUCGAGCGGGUGUCACGUGUCUAACCUCAACGGCCGAUACAAGGCUGACGGCGCGCUGGUUGGUGACGGCAUCGUCUGGUACCACGCCCACGGUGACUAUAGGAGCUUCAACUUCAGCGAGAUCAAAGUACAACCACUGUAACACCACCUUGUCUCCUGUACUCUCACUGCUUACACCCUCAGUCUACUGUACACCACACGUGACACUCGUGAUGUCACCUCAGUGCAGUCUACUGGACUCUAGUUCUUUACUUUCGUGAUACUCCUUAGUGAUUUUAAUAUACACCUGUUGUACUAUUUCUCUCAGAUUUGACUUUCAUUUGAUAAACGCAGCUGUUUCAAAUAUAAACAGGUCGAAAUUGUAGAUUAUUAAUAGGUACCGACACACCUACAAUUA